AAAAAAAAAACAAACAAACAAACAAAAAAAUGUUGAAUCUUGAGCUCUCAGCUUCUUUGCUCAUUUGUAUUGUUACUUUCGUCUUCCUCCUCCUCUUCUGCAACUUUACCGGCCUCAUCACAUUCUCAUCCAAAUGCGGUAACGUCCCAAGAGCGUACCCUCUUGUGGGUUCUUAUUUCUCCAUGUUGAAGAACAAGGACCGCAGGCUUCAAUGGAUUGCUGACGUGCUUAAGAGUACUCCCAAUCUGACGUUCACCCUUCACCGCCCUCUUGGUUACCGUCAAGUGUUCACUGCGAAUCCUUUGAAUGUGCAGCAUAUCCUCAAGAAGAAAUUUCCUGUUUACCCCAAAGGGGAUUAUUCCAGGAGGAUUUUGGGUGAUUUUCUCGGCGACGGGAUCUUCAAUGCCAACGGUGAGAGCUGGAAGUUCCAAAGACAAGUCGCCAGCCACGAGUUUAACACCAGGUCUCUGAAGAAGUUCGUGGAAACGGUGGUUGAUACUGAGCUGUCUGACAGGUUGAUUCCGAUUCUGGCCUCUGCUGCUAAGAACAAAACGGUUCUUGAUUUCCAGGAUAUUCUUCAGAGAUUCACUUUUGAUAAUAUCUGCAAGAUUGCUUUCGGGUACGAUCCUGGGUAUUUAUUGCCGUCUCUCCCGGAAGCGAAAUUCGCAGUUGCUUUUGAAGAAGCUGUUAAGAUCAGUAGCCAAAGAUUCAAUGCUGUUAGCCCUCUAAUCUGGAAAUUCAAACGUUUGUUUAACGUUGGAUCCGAGAGGAAGCUCCGGGCUGCUGUUGAAGUGGUUCAAGAAUUUGCCAAAAAGAUCGUGAGAGAAAAGAAGCAGGAGCUGGAGGAGAAGUCGGCGCUGGAAUCUGUUGACCUGCUGUCGAGAUUCUUGAGUUCCGGCCACUCCGACGAAAACUUCGUGAUGGAAAUCGUGAUAAGCUUUAUACUGGCGGGUCGGGACACGACUUCGGCGGCUUUGACGUGGUUUUUCUGGUUGCUUUUCAGGCACCCCGAAGUGGAAAACGAAAUCUUGAAAGAGGUGAGGUCAAAAUCGGAAUCCGCAGUGUAUGAUGAAGUGAAGAACAUGGUUUACACUCACGCAGCGCUUUCUGAAACCAUGAGGUUGUACCCGCCUGUCCCCGUAGAUUCAAAAGCAGCCGCAGAGGAUGACGUUUUGCCGGACGGGACCGUCGUGAAGAAGGGAUGGAGGGUAGCUUACCACCCCUACGCGAUGGGGAGGGUGGAGGACAUCUGGGGGAAGGACUGGGCGGAGUUCCGCCCAGAGCGGUGGCUAGAAAAGGACGGUGCCAAUGAUUCUGGGAAUUGGAGCUUUGUGGGGAGGGACUCGUAUGUGUAUCCGGUGUUUCAAGCAGGGCCAAGGAUUUGUCUGGGGAAAGAAAUGGCUUUCUUGCAGAUGAAGAGGGUGGUGGCCGGUGUUUUAAGGCGCUUCAGGGUGGUGCCUGUGGUGGCUGACAAAGACGUGGAACAGGUCUUCAUAACUUAUUUGACCUCAAAAAUGAAGGGUGGUUUCCAAGUGAUGACUGAAGAAAGGUCGACCGCAGCUGAUGAGUGAUGCAUGAAUACUGAAUUACUGGGCAAAUAGUUUUACUCCGUGUAGGUGUUUGUACCUCGUCUUUACCCAGAGGUCUAUGUUAAGGCCUGUGUUAUUUAUGUACUUUUGAAAUGUUUGUUAUAAUAAAGUUAUACGGAGUAUAUGUUUUUGAAA